AUGGCGACGGCAAGAAAAGGAAGGGAGCUUUUUACUAUUUUGGAAACUAGCGCGGAUACAGAAAGUAGCUCGGUAUGCGACGGUCGGGACACUCCACCGAACCUUUCGGCUGAUGUGAAGUGGUUCGAAAUCCCCGACCGAAAGCCAGACUCGGACGAGGAAGAGGGCGAAGUGCGGGAGGAGGAGGAGGCGGUGGACGGCGAGGGGGAGAAUGGACUCUCGGCAGCCGCGGCGGAGCCCGCAGACGCGGGCAGCCUCAACAUUAUUCUGGUGACCGGGACCAGCAAUGGGCUCAAACACGACGAGGACACCGAGGACUGUUGUUAUUCCACCUCCACCGAUUCGGAUAUCGACUUCUCGGAUCUGGAGGAGGAGGAGCAGCGCCGGAGCUGUUGGAGCCUGGGCGACGACUCGGACGAGGACUGCACCGCUCCGGACUUCUGGAGGGAGCCGGACCAGGUCAUCGCGAUCGAGCCCUUCGCUGCGCCCAGCGGCCCGCAGCACUCGCUGGGGGACGAUGCCGACACCCGUGACUAUUUCCGGAUACUCUUCCCAGAUUCUCUUUUUGAACACAUGGUAGAACAAACAAACAAUUACGCCCUCUAUCGGCAAAGGAGGAGUGGGAAGGCAGACCCAAACUGGCACCCCACUGAUGUGAGGGAGAUGAAAGCCUACGUGGGUCUGAACAUCCUGAUGGGGGUCAAUCAGCUGCCGGACCCGGGCAUGUACUGGGCCAGCGACGUUUUUAUUGGCAACGCUGGAUUUAAAAAGACAAUGACGGCCAGGCGCUUUGAAAAGCUGACCCAGUACCUGCAUCUGUGUGACCGCGGGUCCCAGCCGGUGCGCGGAGAGAGGGGCUACGACGGCCUCUACAAAAUCAGACCCCUUCUGGACGUGCUGGAAAACACUAUAUGGGACGCGUACAUGCCCAACCGCUGCCUGACGGUAGAUAAGUGUGCCAUAGUGAUGAAGGGACGCUACGCCCCCUCGCAUUACAUGCCCUCUAAACCGCUGAAGAAGGGCUUGAACGUGUGGAUGCUGUGUGACUCGCGCUCCGGCUACUGCCACCGGGCAAAGCUCCACGUAGGCAAACCCUGCGAGGACGAGGAGGCGGCUGUGCUGGGCUACAGAGCGGUGACCUCUCUGGUGCGGGGCCUGGAGGGUCAGCACCACCACAUCUUCAUGAACAGCUUCUUCUCCUCUGUUCCCCUCCUCCAGAGGUUGUUGAAGGACGGACUGUACGCCUGUGGUCCCGCCCACCCGGGUCGCAAAGGUUACCCCGAGGUGCUUAAACCUGGCAACGUUGGAAAGCUGGCCCAGGGGGAGUUCUACCAGUGCCAGCGUGGCAACCUCAUCGCCACAGUGACUCGGGAUGUCAAAAUGGUUUACUCCUUAUCCACCAACUCGGCGCCUGGCAUCGUGGGAAUCAGCCCACCGCAGAGGCAGCAUGAAAUGGAUUUGGAGGACGACUACAUGGAGAGUUUGUCCUUUGGCCUGCCCCGACCUUUGCCCUUGCUGCUGUACCAGGAGAACAUGAGGGGUGUGGAUCUUUGUGACCAAAUGAGGGAGUGCUACCAAGUCGGGCGGCCAUGUAAGAAGUGGUGGCGCUACUUCCUGUGGUUCUAUGUGAAUUUGUGCAUUGUCAACGCGUACAUUAUCCUGAAAGAGAGCCGGGGCGGAAGCGCUCCGGCCGGCUUUAACGGAAAACAGUUCACCCAUCGCCACUUCCGGGUGCGACUGGCGCAACAGUUGAUCGGAGACUACCAAGGAGCGAGAGGCAUGGAGCGCGCCGCGAGGAAGAGGCACGCGGACUCACCCAUAGAGUACGGCCACCGGCUGGAGCGCAUGUCUGAGCGCUCGCGCCGCUGCAGGAACUGCACCAACAAGGGACUGCGGCACGAAAGCGUGUUCGGCUGCAAGAUAUGCAACGUCCACCUAUGCAGGGGAGGCUGCUUCUCUGAGUUUCAUAAAUAA